UCUAACCACCCAACCAUCCAAUCCAAUCCCAAUAGAAUCCUGAAUCCAAUAGGAACCCAAUAAAAUCAAAUAUAAUCCUGUUACCCAACGCAAAAAUGGCUUGUUGCUGUCAAUCCUGCAAAAACAAAUCCUCAUCCAGCUGCCUCGGCCGAUGCGACCUGCCGAAGCACAGAUGCCUGGAGAAGGAGGAAGUCAAGCCCGGACCCGUGCCCAAACAUAUGGGAUGGAUGUACUGCGCUAAAUCUUCUCCUAGGUUUCAGCAAAAAUGUGGUUGGCGGCCCGGCCACAUUUCCUGCACAGUCCUUCGCCGAAUCGAAGCCCACAACGGCUCAAGAGAAACCUGCGCCAUCUGCCCGUCGAGAUGCUCAAGCAGACCUUGCCCAUCCAGAUGCUCAUCCAGACCUAUCUGCUCCCGUCCUUGCUCAAGAUCCUGCUCCAGGGCUUGCGUUAAACCCUGCUUCCCGCCGCCUUCUUCUUGCUCUGGACCAACUUGCCCACCUGGAAUGCCUCUAAUCAGAAUCGUAAGACACGGUGGCAAAUACAAAAUAUGCACGAAGCCUUCUAACCUCGACAAUUCGCCUUCCGGCCCGUAUCCUCUGAAAUACGUACUGAACGCGGACGCCGACACUUCUUCGACAACGAAAUUCAGCAUCGAGGCGAAAUUCAACGAUUAUCAAUAUGAUUACACGAGCUCGCAGACUUCGUUUAUAUUAGACUUCUCUCCACCGCCGACAUCGUGCGCGAGACCUUGCCCGAAGAGGAGUAUUUUAUGCAUGUUUGGAACGUGCUCCAAUUCCUGGCCGCCUGCCACUUCAACUGCUGAUAAUGGAUCUAAAUCCCAACAAAACGAACCUAUUAAAUCCAAGCCAGAUCCUGCAGACUACAAUGCCAACACUGGCACCACCAAACGUGAUCCCAGUGCUGAUAAUUCUGUCGCAGACUACAAUUCGAAAUUAAAAAUAGAUACUUCUUAG